ACCCACUCCGCCUGAAAUGACGAAAGAUGUCGAACCCCUAGUGAUAACAGAUAUACCAGCUGCCUAUGAUAUUCUGUUGGAUCGUGGAAGUUCCGCGCUGGCUUUCUUAGAGCCAGUGCCAUCGACAGACUCCGCGGGAACAAUUCCGUGUCCUAUAGGGCCAAAUCACCUAGACCCUAUUCCUCCUAAUAUGCGAGGAGAUGAUCUACCGGACGCUGUUCCUAAUACUAAAAAAAUGGAGACUUCUCAACUCUCGUGCACACCCUAUGUGACCGCACCCGUGCCUACACCUGAACAAGCGAACUGUGUCUCUAGCAACCUAUCUAUGGUGGGUGAUUUUCGGCAAGAAUUAGCCAAGCGGAGGUUAUCUACCAUAGAGCCCUCAGAUAGUGGGGACUACGAAAAUGAUUCGGAGCCGAGUCAGAUAUCUAACCUAGGUGAAGAUCCAUGCUUAAGGGCAAACAAGGCUUCGGGGCGGGCUAAAGAUCCUAGCACUACUAAAGACACGUUAGCCAUAUCUAGCCCGUCCUCUCCGCCUCCGGAUCGCUCUAUAUCAAUAUAUUCUCGAGCUCGAACGACACUAAGUUCCAAACCCCUAAUGCGCUACCCGUCGAUAGCUAUGAUUAUACCGUUAACGUCUUGGAAACAAGGAGCCGCCAGGAUAAGCAUAAGGGCCGCUACGGCAGUAUAUAAGAAGCGACUCCGCUCAGACGGGAACACCACCUAUGACAUAGCACAGCCGUGUCAAAAGAGGAAGAAAAGGAGACCUUCAAUCAGGCCACUUUCUAACCCUUCGGAAUCUUCCGUUCCUAUUUCAUCUCAUUGCUCUGGUGCUAUCCAGGGUAUACGUGGGAGUGCUAUCCUCACGGUCGAAUCUAAUACUAGUCUGAAACCGGCAUAUUUCUUUACUUUCAUACCCGAUCCUAGCCCGAUGCUAUCUCGAGCCCACACGGCGGUUAUCCUAGGGAAACACACAUACACGUCGGACGAGAAUGCGCUACUCGUGCGGCUGAAGGAAAAAGAGGCAAUGUCAUGGUCUGAGAUUACGACUCACUUCCCAGGCCGAAAUAUGUCAUCCCUUCAAGUCCACUAUUCAACCAAAUUACGCCACAAGGCCAGCUCUCGGUAUGGAAAACCGAGGAGACGCGAAUAA